CACAGCAGGGACAUCCAUGAGCUCAAAUCCUACCCUGACAUCCACUGAAUCAUCAACAUCAGAAGGAACGUCACCAACAGGAUCAGUCAGUCAAUCAAUGUCAACUGAUGGAACAUCAUUCACCAACAGUCCAAAUGUUUCUACCACAUCAACACAACUUUCAACAAUAGGAGUUAACCUGUGCAAAAAUGGAGGUUCCUUGGAUGUUGAUAAAUGUAUUUGCCAAAUACCCUAUGAAGGACAAUACUGUGAAUCAAUAGCCAAUUCUGUCCCUGGAAACGUGACCUAUGCCAUCAGAGUGACAGUGAAAAUAGAGAACAGGAAUUAUACCAUUGAAAUGGCAAACAGAUCAUCUGAAACAUUCAUGAAAUUUUCAAAGGAGUUUACUGAACAGAUGCAAUAUGUUUAUGGACAUAUUCGAGGUUAUAAAACAGUUGAGAUCACAAUGACAAGCGAGGGCAGUAUCAUUACCGAUCACAAAGCUAUUUUCAACGAUGAAGCAGAGAGGUUCGAUGACAGCAUGAUAAAAGAAAGAGAGGAAGAUAUCAUAGACAGCUUACAAUUCAGGAAUUGCACCAACAAUAAUGAUUCACAACAGUGUUCAGGACUUCAGCUCGCACCGAAUUACAAAAAUGUAUCAUACACAAAUCAAGAUGUAACUGUUGAUUGCUCCACGUCCGUCAAAGACAAUUUCAAGGACGACUUUACAUCUGUAAAUACAACUUCGGGCUGGAUCUGUGUGUCAAGAUGUCACAGUGGCCAUAAAGAUCACUUGAGGUGCCAAUACGGGAAAUGUGAGCUCACAGUAAAAGGCCCCAAAUGCUUUUGUAACACAUCAAAGGACUACUGGUAUAUUGGGGAAAACUGCCAAUUUCCAGUCCAUAAAUUGGCUUUCAUCAUCGUGACAGUAUUGGUGGUUCUGAUAAUCAUAGUCACAUUGAUAGUGCUGAUUGUGUAUUGUACGAGGUACCGACGCAUGGUCAAGCAAAACCAUUUAUCAAGGGAGAAGACCACAAAUCAGAUAUUAAAAUGGUGGCAGGAGGAUAACUGGGAGUGGCCUGCAUCCCACGGUUUGAUUUUGAGCAACCUUGCUGCUGCAGAUAUUCACAGUCUACCCAGAUAUUCAGAACUGAAGAGCCCAGGACAGAGGCCAUGAACUCAUCUUUCAGGAUCAAAAUGUUAAGGCUGCAGAUGACAGAAGCACACACCGUUUAAAUUCUACUGGUCUGAUUAACCCCUCACCUUCUUCACUCAGAAGCCAUUCACUGGACUCACAAACAGAAUUGGUCUACAAUAAUCUGAUUGUGAUAUCAUGUGUAAUCAUUUUUUUUUCUCUUUGAGUUAGUUUCAUUAAAAGAUCAAAGUCAAGUAUUUCUGGUUUUGUGCUUAAGGCCUAGAAGCUUGGAUGAAGAUCAAUGGGGUCAAUUAUCCUGUGUGUCAAGAGAACUUGUGACACCAGAGACUGACUGGGUAAAGGGAAGAUACAUUCCUGCAAUAGAACACGAGAUGGUAAUCAGGCUGGUAAUCAUGGCCCCUUUUGAAUUCCCCUUUUUCUCUCUCAUGCUGGCUUGACUGAGCUGAACCCAGGCUGGCACUUAACCUGUAAAAAUGAAAGAAC